AGUCAGCCUUUACCUUAACUUUACCUCUCUCCCUCUCCCUCUGUUCCCCUGUCUCUGCUCUGCAGACCUCUGCAGCAAAAAACCAUGAAUUGCAGUCUCAGUCCAUUACCACCUCCACUUCCUCCUAAGCUAAACAAAAUAUUCCACCUUUUCAAUUCUACCUCUCUCUCUUAAAUCAUUGAAUCUUUUAAAUAUCUCUUUCUCGAAUCAUGAUUCAUGAUCACUAUUACGACUAGGGCUUAGAAAAAGAAAAAUAAUAUAAUUUGAUGGACAGUGCUUUUUAGUUCAUUUUUUCUUUUUCUUUUUUACUUGUGAAAUUGAAGACAGUAAUGUCUGUUUCGGAGCUAAAGGAACGCCACGUGGCGGCGACUGAGACAGUGAAUUCUUUGGGAGAACGAUUGAAGCAGAAACGCCUUCUUUUACUUGAUACAGAUAUUGCGGGACAUGCGAGGGCGCAAGGGAGGAAUCCGGUGAGUUUUGGGCCCACCGAUCUGGUUUGUUGCAGGAUUCUUCAAGGACACACUGGCAAGGUGUAUUCAUUGGAUUGGACCCCUGAAAAGAAUAGAAUAGUAAGUGCAUCUCAAGAUGGGCGAUUAAUAGUAUGGAAUGCUCUAACAAGUCAGAAAACUCAUGCCAUAAAGCUACCCUGUGCAUGGGUGAUGACAUGUGCUUUCUCUCCUGCUGGACAAUCUGUUGCUUGUGGCGGUCUUGAUAGUGUUUGCUCAAUUUUUAACCUGAAUUCACCAACCGAUAAGGAUGGGAAUCUAACUGUCUCGAGAAUGCUUAGUGGGCAUAAGGGUUAUGUUUCGUCUUGUCAGUAUGUUCCAGAUGAGGAUACUCAUCUGAUAACAAGCUCUGGUGACCAGACAUGUGUUUUGUGGGAUAUUACAACAGGCCUGAGAACUUCUGUGUUUGGAGGAGAAUUUCAGUCUGGACAUACUGCUGAUGUGCUAAGUGUCUCAAUUAGUGGAUCAAACUCAAGAAUGUUUGUGUCUGGUUCCUGCGAUUCAACUGCCCGGUUGUGGGACACCCGUGUUGCAAGUCGAGCUGUGCGCACGUUUCAUGGGCAUGAAGGAGAUGUUAAUGCUGUAAAGUUCUUUCCAGAUGGUAAUAGAUUUGGAACUGGUUCGGAUGAUGGAACUUGCAGGUUAUUUGAUGUCAGGACUGGGCACCAACUCCAAGUUUACUAUCAACAGCAUGGUGAUAAUGAGAUCGCACAUGUAACCUCAAUUGCAUUUUCAAUAUCAGGAAGACUUCUCUUUGCGGGAUACUCAAACGGUGAUUGUUAUGUGUGGGACACUCUAUUGGCCGAGGUUGUUUUGAACUUGGGAUCUUUGCAGAACUCCCAUGAGGGCCGGAUCAGCUGUUUGGGUUUGUCAGCUGAUGGAAGUGCCUUGUGUACAGGAAGUUGGGAUACAAACCUAAAGAUUUGGGCUUUUGGAGGGCAUAGGAAGGUAAUCUGAUUCGAGCAAAAGGCUUUAAUCAGCUGUCUAGUUUCCUCCCAGGAUCAUGCUUCUCAUUGCUUUUUCAGAUGCACCGCGCUGGCGGUAGAUCCCUCUGCAUUCUCGUCAACUUAAUGUGGUUUGAAAACCAUAUCCCAGUGCUGUCCCUUUUAAUUCUCAUGUGAAAAUUGAUGAGGAAAUGGAAAAAUUGCACGAGGUUUGAUCUUAAUUGGUGAAAGUGGCGGUUCAUGUUAUAUCUGGCUACGGUAUCAAAGUUACCUAUUUAAUUUGUGCUUACCAAUUGUUGUAUCCUGUACCUUUAUUUAAUGAAAAAUCUUUGCUUUCUUCAA